ACAUAUUUCCAAGAAUCCAACUAUUUCUAUAUGAGAGAUUCUGAAACUACCUUCAAAAAAAUAAAAAUAAAAAAAAUCACUCAAAUAAAAUGGUUAUUUACCUAUCAUUUUUGUCCAUUUUUCAUGCCUAAACAACCCUCCAAAAUACAGAGUCUUGACAUUAUUAAACUCACUAUAACAUAAAGAACUCAACUUUCUUGCUCAAACUUCACCUUAAAACCAUUUCCAUCACAAAAAAAUAAAAAUCAAGAAUCUAUGACCAAAUUUCAAGAAACUAAAAUCAGAUGACAAAGUUAACAUUUUUCACCUUGAUAGUACUAGCCACUUCAAUUUCCUUCAUUUUCUUGGAAACCCCACCAAAAUCUUACUAUCAUACUUUGUUCAUAUCUGAUUCUUUUUCUGAUAAUUCCUCCAUAGCAAAUCAUCUCUAUACCCUAACUAAGAGACCCCAUGUUGCUGGUUCACAAGCUAAUGUUGAUGCAGCAGCUUAUGUUUUGUCAAUUUUCACUUCUUGUAACAUACCAUCACAUAUAACAUCCUAUGAUGUUGCCUUAACUUAUCCUGUCUCAAGGUCUUUAACCCUAAAAUCUUCAGAAAAAACAAUAAAGUUUGGUCUUUUUCAAGUGAUUUAUGAUGGCGAUCCAUAUGCAGAGGUGGCUAAUGAAGUACUACCUACCUUUCAUGCUUAUGCUAGAUCAGGGACAACAAGUCAUAAGCACAAUCCAAAAUGUUAUUGGAGUUAUAGAAGGAGAACAAGAACCUGAUCGGUUUGUUAUACUAGGUAAUCAUCGUGAUGCGUGGACAUUUGGAGCUGUUGAUCCGAAUAGUGGCACAGCAUCCCUACUUGAGAUUGCACAAAGGCUCGAAAAGCUGCAAAAGAGAGGGUGAAGACCGCGAAGAACAAUCAUCUUAUGCAACUGGGACGCUGAGGAGUAUGGCCUGAUAGGUUCAACAGAAUGGGUUGAAGAAAAUAGGGAAAUGCUAGCUGCAAGGGUCGUUGCCUACUUGAACGUUGAUUGCGCUGUUCAAGCUGGAGAUUUUCGAGCCUCUGCAACACCACAGCUCGAUGAACUAAUCAUACUAAAUGCUCAGCAGGUUCAAGAUCCUGAUAACUCCUCACAAACGAUUUACGAGUCCUGGCUCGCCUCUGGCAACGUUACAACAGUAAAGCUCGGCAGAUUAGGAGGAGCUGGAUCCAAUUACGCGGCAUUUGUUCAACACAUUGGGUCUCCAACACUAGACAUGUCUUUUGGAGAAGGUUACCCCGUAUACCACUCGAUGUACGAUGACUUUGUUUGGAUGAAGAAAUUUGGAGACCCGAUGUUUCAUAGGCAUAAAAGUGCAGAAUACUUGGAAGCUGAGAUAUCAGACAAGGGCAUUUCACUUGUUCCUUUGUAUGCUUCUAUUGAAAAACUCAGAAAAGCAGCCACAGGAAUUAAGAACGACAUAAAGGCACUCAAAGCAAAAAGAAGUCGUGGAUCAGUGAGAGAGUUGAACGAUAGACUAAUAAUGACAGAACGGGCAUUUACAGACAGGGACGGGCUUUCGUCAAGGACAUGGUACAAACAUUUGAUUUACGCACCAGCAAAACACAAUGAUUAUGGAUUUAAUUCAUUCCCCGGUAUAUCUGACGCUAUUGAGAAUGCCAAGAGCCUGAAUUCUUCAGACUCGUGGUACUCUGUACAACAUGAAGUUUGGCGAGUUGCUCGAGCCAUCACACAAGCAUCACUAGUCCUCAGCGGUAGACUAACGUGAAUCUUUGUAUUAUUUGUGAAAAUAUCAUUCGGAAUUCUCUUCCUCAAAAAAAAUGUCUAUCAAGUGAUCCCUACGGUCAAUGUCUCCACUUUUCACGAAGUUGAUUCUUAUGAACAACUUAGCACACAGAAAUGACACAUGUACAUAUCAAAACUUUGUGUUUGUUAAUGUUUAUGAUAAAAUUUACCUAUAAUAAAUCUAUAAACGCCCUAAUUAUGUAAA